CGGUUUAACUGUCUAUGGACCGUCGGUCUUUCUUUAACUGUCUAUGGUCCUUCUCUGUUGUUGGCCUCCGCUGUGUUAAGCGGGCAUGGAGCGUUAAUUUAACCGACACCUGCGACAACAAACAAUCUAAACGAGGGAUUUUCUUCACCGGCGAUACAAGGAUGGAUGUGUCUGGGGACCAGGCUUGUCAUUAACGCAGUUUGUUAUGAUGACUGACACGGUGAUGUUGCCUCCCUCAGAGAAACUGCCAGUUUCAGGCUGAGUUUUCGGCAUGACAGGGUAACAUACUAUGAAAGAAUACAUAUCUGCAACAAGUGUCCAUAGCUCUUUUAAAAGUCAGCGUCUCAUUACCUUGUUAUCAAGAUUUCCAAUACAGAUUUUCAAAUGAAAAUGGAGGAUAUGCCCCUGUCAGGCCCAGACAACGCCAGGCUGGAGGCCUUGGUCCAUGACAUCUACUCUGAGCUGGUGGAAGAUGCCUGUUUGGGCCUGUGUUUCGAGGUUCACCGUGCUGUGAAACAGGGCUACUUCUUCUUGGAUGAAACGGACCAAGAGAGCAUGAAGGAGUUCGAAAUAGUGGACAAGCCAGGUGUUGACAUAUUUGGCCAGGUGUACAAUCAGUGGAAAAACAAAGAGUGUGAAUGUCCGAACUGCAAAAGAUUGAUAGCAGCUUCUCGCUUCGCCCCGCACUUGGAGAAAUGUCUCGGCAUGGGACGCAACAGCAGUCGCAUCGCCAACCGCAGACUAGCCAGCAACAAUAACAUGAGCAAAUCAGAGAGUGAUCAGGAAGACAACGAUGACCUCAAUGAUAACGACUGGUCGUAUGGUGCAGAGAAAAAAGCUAAAAAGAGAAAGUCAGAAAAGAAUCAAAAUUCCCCAAGAAGACCCAAAUCUCUAAAACAUAAAAAUGGUGAGCUUGGGAGCAGCAUCAGUUCAGAGCCUUACAAGUACAACUAUAACACUGGCAUCAGUUAUGAAACUUUAGGCCCUGAUGAAGUCCAAUCCCUUUUAACAACGCAAUGUGGGGUGAUCUCAGAGCACACCAAGAAGAUGUGUACCAGGUCUCAUCGAUGUCCCCAGCACACGGACGAACAGAGGAGGGCCGUCAGGCUGUUCCUCCUGGGGCCGUCCGCGCCAACGCUGCCUGAUGCAGACGCUGUGGUGGAGAGUGACAGCUUUGACAUUCAAGAUGGACAGACCCUGAUGAGCCGCCUGCAGUGGGAAGACUCUCCUGAUAUUUCACCCAGUGACUCUGCCUCAUCUAAAGCCAGCACCAACCAUUCAGAUUCUAGGAGGCCCAAGAAAAAGAAGAGGAUGUCUCUCGGUUUGAACAGUGGAGUAGGAGGAGUAGGAGGAGUAAUAGGAGGGGGAGGGGGAGGGGGAAGCCUGACUGGAGGCGGUGGCAGCAGCAGCAGCAGCUCUCAGAGUAAUAUCAGCUUUUCGACCAAAAAAAAGAGGCCCAAACUCUCAGCUCCCUCUAAUUCCAGUAUCUAUGAUGACCUAAAUUAGCAUAAGCCCUGUCUGUCAGAGCAGCUCUUUGUUCAUCCGUACAUUUACAGACCUGAACAGGAUGGGAUCAAACUUGACUUUGUAGUUCUUAUUCAUUCACUCUUGACAUGUAAUUCAAUUGAAUGAACAUUUCUCCUUCUCAAUUAUGACCACAGUGUUCUAAAUGUUGUGGAUAGGGGUCAACGCGUCCAAUCAGAUCGGCAGGAACCUAUUGAGAAAAUUCCACCUUAAAACAGACUUUACCUAGCCUCACCUAGUCUUAAAUGAUUAGGAAGUCUCCAGCUGUGAAUCAGAAAGCGUGCCUAUAUGCCGAUAAAGUCCCCAUAUACGGUGUCGCGGUGUUCAGACAGGCAUUUCAAUUUGCACAGUUGCACUAGAUGUCCACACUGUACGUGGACACAUGGACAGUACACCCAUAUGCCAUUGUUGAGCAUGUCAUUCCAGAUGUUGGAUCAGACGUUGGAACCUGGCACAAGAGCAUGAGUGAGAUCAGCCGCUGGUGGUGAGUGAUAAGGUCAGGCUCACAGUUUAUCCCAAAAAGGUGUUUGAUGGGGUUGAGGUCAGGGCUCUGCAGGCCGGUCAAGUUGUUUUUGAACCCUAUCUGGGAAAUCCAUGUCUUUAUAGAUCUGUCUUUGCACGGGGAAAGCACCUUAUUAAAAAAAGAAAAGGGUCUUCAAGAAACUUGUUGGAAGCACGCUAUUAGAUAAAAUAUCAUAGCAUGCUGUAGCAUUUGCUGUUGCUUAAUUUUAACUAAAGGGCCACAGGGGUGUCCACAUACUUUUGGCUGUGAAGUGAAAACAGACCUUGAACUUGUCUGUAGCGGUCACCAUCCCCACAUUAAGUGUCUUCCAGCAAAAGUAAUUCAAAUCAAAGAAUUGGAACUGAUUUGUACAAUAUGAUAUACAAUAAUAUCACUUAUUUUAUUUUAUGGUCUAAAGAAAACUAUACAUUAUCAGUUUUAAACUUCUAAAAAGACCAUAAAUGGCCUUUUAACUGCAGGCAUUUUGCCAUGACAUAGCAGGAAACCACAGGUGUAAUCAACACUGUCAUUUAUAAGGGGCGGCACUCCAUUCCAUUUCAGGGUCCGGCCACUGGGCGCGCUGGCUCACUGACGGGGAUUACUGAUGCACUUAAAUGGAACACAGUCAGCCAGCGUUACAAGAAUGAAAUGAUUUCCUGCUAUGACAAGUCAACAUGUCUGCUAUAAAAAAGGCCCAUUAGGAAUAUUUGUCCACUCUUUUCUGGAAGUUUGUACAAAAUGUUCCUUUACAUCUCAAUUACGGACGGCCUGUUUUUUCCUAAACAACUAAUUUAAGUUAUUCCGAGACCUUUUAUGAGCUAUAGUCUGUCAGAAAGGACUUUUUGUUGGCCCUUAACCUUUUCCACAAAGCAUGAAAAGUCUUAAAAUUGGCUUUCUGAAACCUUCAGGUGCUUAUUGUUGGCAAUUCUGCGACCUGUCCCUCUUUUUAGAUUGUGUGUUCAUAUAACUGAGUUUCGGGACACGUGGACUUCAACUGCUUUCAGUUCAAACCUUGAUACGCAUAUACUGGACUCUUCAUAAGUGGCUUUUUAAUUCUAGCAUUGUAUUGCACUGUGUGUAUGUGAGUGCGUGAAAGAUCUUUUUCAUAAAACUAUGCAUCCUGUGAAUGUGACUUUCUUGUGAAAGUACAUGUGCCAUUUUAAUUAUUUAAUGUUUUUUGUUUACAUCAACAAUAUAUUUAAGUUGUAUCUGUCACUGCCUAUAAAGUGAUAAAGUGUAUUAUUUGUGUGUAAAUGCAGAUUUUGAUAUUUGAUGAGCCGUUAGGCUUUUGGGGCACAUGUACAGUACGUAUUUGUAUGACGCGUGAGAUAAAAAAAA